CAGGGAGACAUUUUGGUUCCGUGGAGGAAACCGUGUAAACACAGUUCUGCACCCGGGAUGGAGACGCUGUGACGGGGGAUGUUUGUGUGAGGACGGACCGAACAAUGGCUCCAGAAGCUGCUGCUGCACCAGACGUUGUGAACGGAAUGGAUGCCCGGUGUUAGCGCGUUAAUGUCGGGUGAGUUUUCUUCCUGGAGCCGCGGGGACCGUGUGUUGUCGUAGAGUCAGCCUCCGUAUGUGUCGCUGAAGUAUGGACGGGUGGAGCCCUGUCGUUGCAGCCGCCUCGGACAAUGACCCGUCCAGCUCCGAGGGGGAGUACAUGGUGGAGCCCGCACCCGGAGAGGCAUCCCGGGAGGCGCCGGACCGGGAGCAGCGGGGCCCCGCGGACAGGAUGGAGGACGGGGGCUCCGCCGCUGUCGGCUUCGGGAUGAGCGGCAUCGGGGAGGGCAAAGUGGUUUUGGGUCGAGUCGGACAGAGAGACGAUAAAGAACUCAGGUACCUGCACUUGUUGUGGGAGCCCGGGCGAGCUGAGCUCGGUGUCCCCGGUGGAGGGGCCGCCAAGCUGGGGAAGAUGACGGGGAGCAGGGCCAGGAGACACCACAGAGCCGCGAGGAGCCUGGGGCCCAUCGGGAAAGAUGUGUAUGCUGUGAAAAGACUGAGGGAAGCAGCGAACAGCAAUGACAUUGACACAGUUCGAAAACUCCUGCAGGACGACAUAGACCCAUGUGCAGCAGACGACAAGGGAAGGACAGCUCUUCAUUUCUCUUCCUGCAAUGGCAAUGAGAGCAUCGUGCAAUUGUUGCUGAGCCACGGCGCUGACCCCAACCAGCGAGACAGUCUGGGAAAUACCCCUCUGCAUCUGGCGGCCUGUACAAACCAUGUGCCUGUUAUCACCACAUUGCUGAGAGGAGGUGAGGCCACUGCUGUAGUGUUGAAUCCUUUGUGA